AUGGAGCAUUGGUCUAAACAACAACGUUUUUUCGCUGUGAAAGCGUUUUACCGAAGUGAUAGUUAUGCAGCCGCUCAGCGUCGUUUCCGGACGAAUUUUCAAAUUAAUCCAAAUAGGCCAGUGCCGUCUGUUAAUUCAAUCAAAUUGUGGGUGAAAAACUUUGAAGCAAUUGGUGAAGCAAUUCGUGAAAUUGGUGAAGCAAUUGGUCCUCAGCUGAUUANGAAAAGCAGCCUAUUGACUUCCUUGAAAGGUGAUUCGCUGAAGGACCUUCCCUCACUGGAGUACAUAUCUUUCUACAAUAAUUCCAUCCUGGAUGUUAAUCCCGAUGUCUUUGAGGGUACAAACAAUGUGAUUAUUUUGGAUCUUUCUUAUAACAAGCUUACACUGCUGCCUCCUAAUUUAUUCGAUUCCUUGAAGAAGCUGAAAAAAGUGGACCUCAUUCAUAAUCAGCUGCUACACGUUAACCAUCUCUUCAGGAAUACACACCCACCAUUUAUACAUCUGGCUUACAACAACAUAUCUGACGUGGCCGCUAUUUUACCUACGACUGCAUGGAACCUAACUACACUCAAUAUUUCAAGUAAUCCCAUAGAGCAAGUACCUGAUGACUUUUUCCAAGUUAAAGCACCAAAUAUUAAAUAUUUAAUGAUGGGACACUGUCAAAUUCGUAAUUUUAAUAUGAGCCAUUAUAAAAAUUUGUUACAUUUUCAAGUACUUGAUCUCAGUUAUAACAGGAUCGAGGUAAUACCUUAUCCAAGAAUAGCUUUCAGAUUGCUAGUGUAUUUAUCGCUCGAAGGAAAUCUAAUACGAGAAAUUAGAGCUUUCAAGACCCGCUUGGCAAUAUUAAACCUAUUCAACAACCGUUUACUAAGCUUGGGUACAGUUUUACGUUUCGGCCAAGUGAGACACGUACAUGUGGCAAAGAAUGAAAUUCAGCAGCUGACAGCAUGGGACUUUAAAGGCCUCAAAGAAUUGUUUGAAUUUAAGGCUCAGGAAAAUCAAAUCAAAAUGAUUGAACGUUUGACGUUUGCAGGCUACCGCAACGAACUCAGAAUUCUAAAUCUCAACCAUAACCAUCUAAGGACACUGAAUGGCAGUUUUCAAUAUUUGUCAGAGUUGCGAGAGUUGUACCUUGCAUCGAACUUCAUUAGUGUGUUUGAAAAGGGAGAAUUUUUAGGUCUGAAAAGUUUAUAUUAUUUAAAAAUUAAUGGGAAUCGUAUCGUAACAGUUGGAAAUUGUCUUCGCAAUUUAUCUAAAUUAGAUAUUCUGUAUUUGAGCAACAACUCAAUUGAAACUCUAAGAAAAGAGCAAAUGCCUGAUACUCUAAAAUAUGUAGAUUUGAGUGUUAAUCCAUUUCGAUGUGACUGUGAGUUUCUACCUUUUAUCCAAUGGAUCUUCGCCAAUCCAAAAGCUCCUGAUGUGUUUAGAGGCAAAGGCAUCUGUGUACCAGAAUUCCCAAGCGAUAAUCAUCAUUGCCCGUCACAAUGCGAUUGCUACUGUGCAAAUGAUGAUGAAGAGUACUUCAUGGCAGUGGAUUGUAGCUCCAAAAAUGUCUCAAUCAUACCUCAGUUUCUUACAGCUUAUAGUGUAGAGAAUUCACCUUACUUUAAAAUUAAUUUAACAUUCCGUUUUCAUAUGAAUAAGAACUAUUAUACUAUUGAUGAAUCUGUUGUAAUUGCUGAUACAGUUGGAGAAAUUAACCUAUCUGACAAUAACUUGGAGUCUUUGACAAAUAUACAAAUACCUAAUGGUCUACGUCGUCUGUUCUUACAUGACAAUAAAUUGAAAACUUUGCCAAAUUCGUUACUAGCAGAUUUUUCAAGACUUCGACUAGUGUCGGUUUUUAGCAAUCCAUGGAGUUGUGAUUGUCAUGCCAUUGACUUUCGAAGAUGGAUUGUUACAAAUCAUGAAAAAAUUAAAAAUGUGAAUCAAACGUUGUGUGGCAAUGUUGGGGAGUCGGGAGACGAUUUGCUGAAUGGAAAAGCUAUAUGGACGCUAGAUGAAAAGGAUUUAUGCCAAACCUUUUUGGAAUUAUAUUUUUUGGUUGCUUUUGGAUUUAUUGCUUUCUUCUUGAUCAUCACUGUCUUGAAGAUAGUGCAUACAAGGUAUAAAAUGAACAUCAAUGCUUGGCUCUAUGCACAUGGAGUUAUAUGGGUAAAGGAAAAAGAUAUCGACAGGGAUAAAAUUUUCGACGCAUUCUUAUCAUUCAGCCAUAAAGAUCAAGAUCUGGUCAUAAUGGACAUUAUUUCUGUGAUAGAAGUCAAACAGCCUAUGACCAGACUGUGUCUUCAUUACAAGCACUUCAAAGCUGGGGAUUUCAUUGACCAAAACAUUUUCAAUGCUGUUCAAAAUUCGAAAAGGACUGUUAUCAUGCUCUCAAAGAACUUCCUGGAAAGCGAGUGGUGCAUAUAUGAGUUUCGUGCAGCCCAUUUGCAAGCUCUGAAGGAUAAAAUAAACCGCGUCAUAAUCAUCAAAUUGGGAGAGUUACCUGAUGAUCUCCAUCCUGAUAUCAAAAUGUCUUUAGAAAACACGACUUAUCUCACUUGGGGUGAGAAAUACUUUUGGGACAAACUCUUCUACGUUCUUCCAACGUCUGGUCAACGAUAGUCCAAAACUACUAAAGUUAAAGCUGACAACUAUUUAAUGUUGCAUGAACUGAAGUGAUAGACAAACGUUGACAUGUAAUAAAAGAAAAAAAAUAUUUUAUUAAAAAUACCUUAGUAAUUCAAUGUAUUCAAUGACUACCUGGUGUGUCUUGCAUAUGAAUAAUAUAAAUAUCGACUUUACAUAUAGAUAUCGACUGACUGAUAUUAUUGAUUUAAAUUUUGCAGAUCAUUGGACAUAGGUCAUUGAACCUCAUUAUUUAUUUCGAUAAAUGUAUUUCUUUUGAUGAUGCAAUUAUAAUUAUAAUAGAACACUUCGUAGGCAUUUGUUAACUUAUUGAUUUCACUGUUGGUUGCACUCUCUGAGUGUAUUUUUAAUUAAAAAUAUCUCAAAAUA